AUGGCGGAUACCGCGUCGCCCUUCGAUCUCCGCGAGCUAGAGAGCCAAUCGAGUGUGACUCUAUCGCAGGUCGACGACGGCGACUCCAGCUCCACCACGACUAGCAGCAGCACUGUGUCGUGCCAAGGCUCGUUCGGCGUUUUCGCGCGCCGCAGGCGGCGCCAGAGUAGCCGCAGGGAGAUGCCCGCAGCGAGCCCCCGCGCCGGCGCUGACCAUUCUGUGAUUGGCGGGUUUCCCGCGACGCGCAGAGCCGCGCCAACGGCACCAGCACCAGAGCUACCGCGUCUGCUUCACCAUGAGAUGCGCCGUGACAUACGGAGGAGUGACGGAGAGGAGAGCGGCGACGAAGGUGACGGCGGAGGGGGCGGCAGCAAAAGUAGUCGAGGCAGCGCGGCGGUUACGAUAUUGAAGGACGCAGCGCAGACCGUCGCGCGGAAGGUGCGCGGCGCCGACGCGGCCGCGUGGGGGCAGCUCGGCGCGCUGCAGGGGGGCGCACUGUCCCGACCCCUCGCCGGCGCAGCCCGUCGCCAGAAGCCGCCGCUCGCGCUGAAGCCGCGGCGAUUCAACGAGCGCGACGGCUGCCCGUCGCCCGCGAGCAGCGGAGAGAUGGCGCUGAUGCGGCCCCCGAAGUCCCCCGCGAGCAGCGGGGAGAUUGCGCUUCUCGAGGCGGAGGAGAUGCUUUUCGGUGCGAACCAAUGGUCCCCCGCCAGCAGCGGAGAGAUGCCACUCUUGGGAUCGAGGGAGUUUGCGCCGCUUCCGCCGACCCCGGAACGGCGCAGGGCGGACUACGAGGAGGGGAGCGAGGGCGGGAGCGAGGGGGUGGUAGUGGAGGUCGCACCUGGGGGAGGCAGCAUGCACCGGUCCACGUCCCCCUCACUGUGGAACCAGCUGGGAUCGGUUUCGGAAAAUUUGCUGCUCGGCGCGCGACAGAAGAAAGGAGUCGACGGUCUCCCCGCGGAAGACCCGCGCUCCCCCACGCCGCUGCACCCCAGCAGCGCCCCCAAGGCCGCGCAUACGCGCUAUGCGCGCAAGGCGCAGCACCGCCACGGGCUGUCUCUCGGCGACGUGUCUUUUGCUGAUUCCCCCGUCGGCAUGGAUGCGCGGGCGCCGCUGCCGCCGUCUGCUCUUCCGCCAGUCGCCGUCGGCGGGGCGGGCGCGCCCGCGUCGAGCAUCAGCGCGGAUAACAUCCCCGUCGGUAGCUUCGGCUUGAGCGGCAGCACCCGGAGCGGCCGUAGCAGCGGCAGCGGCGGCAAGAAGAGCAGCAAGGGCAGGGUUGCGGCGCGGGCGAGCGCGUCGGCCAUUGAACUGGACCGUUGGAGCGUGCUGCCGUACGGCGGCGCGCGGGAAAAACCGUGCGAGUCGCGGGAGUCGACGCGAGUAAAGCAGGUGCCGAGCAGCAAGGAGCACGGCGGAGUGACGAGCGGAGUGACGAGCGGAGCGGCGGCAGUGCCGGGCGAUUUCCUCUCGUCGUACUUCGGCGACGCGCCCGACGCUUACGUCGGCGAGUUCGCGCUGCAGGAGGCGCGCAACGCGGCGCGCAACGCGCACAAGAAGACAACGGCGCAAACCGAAAGCGCCGUCACUGCGACCCCGCGCAAGCAGCUGGCGGCGGACGCGGACGUGCGCCAGAUGCUGGCGGAGAGGCAGGCGGAGCACGAGCGCGCGCAGGAGCGGCGGAGAGAGGAGCAGCAGCAGUGGGCGGACGAGCAGCAGCGGCUGCAGCAGCAGCUGCAGCUGCUCCGGCAGCAGCAGAAGCUGCAGCUCCUACAAGCCUUCCACGAGACGAACCAGCAGCACCUGCGGCCGUGCGACUUCGUCCUCGGCCGCCCGUACUCGUCGCUGCUGCGGCGCUUCGUGCUCGCGCCGCAGGAGCUGGGCAGCGGGCAGUUCGGCGUGAUCCGCAAGUGCGUGGAGCGCGGCACCCACCGCGUUCUCGCCUGCAAGACCAUCCUGAAGAGCAACAUCGUGGCCAUGCAAGACGCCGCGGAUAUUCGGCACGAGGUGGCUGUGAUGGAAGCGUUAAAGGGACACCCCCAUGUGGUGAAGAUUGAAGAUACAUGCGAGGACGAGGAGGCAGUGCAUAUUGUCAUGGAGCUGUGCUCUGGAGGCGAUUUGUUUGAUCGUGUGAAGGACGAGGGCCGGCUGAAGGAACGGACAGCUGCGAUCGCGUGCCGGCAGCUGGUGCAGGCGCUGAUGUGGUGCCACGUGUCGGGCGUGGUGCACCGGGAUGUGAAGCCCGAGAACAUUCUGCUCAAGGGGCGGAGAGAGGGCAGCAGCGGCGCGGACGAGCAGAGCAAGGGGAAUAUGGGCGCGGCUGCGGCGGUGCUGGGAGGCAUCAUGGGUGCUCCUGCCAAGGGCGCGGGUGGUGGUGCUGCUGACGAGGACGACAUUCACGUCAAGCUCGCUGACUUCGGCGUUGCCACGUUCACUCGAGGCGAGCCGUGCACGGAGGAGCUGGGCACGCUCCAGUACAUGGCACCAGAGGUGCUUGCGGGGACAUACGGCCCUGCAGCCGACAUCUGGAGUGCGGGGGUGGUGCUGCACAUCAUGCUGUCGGGCCGCACUCCCUUCUUCGCGUCGCUGGGGCGUACCGUGCAGGAGGCGAUCCUGCACGGCCCCGUGCGCAUGCGCGGGCCCCACUGGGAGGGCGUGAGCGAGGACGCGAAGAGCCUCGUGCGCGCCAUGCUGGACAAGGAUGCAUCGACACGAAUCACCGCCAAGGAGAUUCUUGGUCAUCCGUGGAUUGCUAAGUACACACAGUGA